AAUAAAUCAUCAAUUUCUACAAUAAACGUGAAGACAAUUGUCACUGGCGAGCGGUACUUUAUUUUGAGUACCUAUGUAUUUGUCUAUGAUUACUUUUUUUAUCCACCCGCCGUCGUCCUUCUGUCAAAAAGCCGUUUGCUCUUUAUUGAUGGGUGUCGUAUUUCUGUAAUUAAUUUCCAAAUUAAUCAACUUCAUUCAUAUUUCGACAUCCUUCCCGUCAAUUGAAAAUGGUUUAGCCAGGGCCGUGUCAAAAUAAGCUCAAGUAUUUGACUGUAUUUAGUGUAAACAAAUCCAAAAUGUCCGUUCCAAGCACUGGUUUGAGCAAGUUGAAAAAGAAACACAUUCGCGUGAAACAUCAAAAAGUCAAAUUGUUUCGUGCUAAUGAGCCCCUUCUGUCGGUGUUUAUGUGGGGCGUGAACCACACGAUAAAUGAACUGAGCCAUGUUUCAAUACCAGUCAUGCUGCUGCCGGAUGACUUCAGAGCUUACUCCAAGCUCAAAGUCGACAAUCAUUUGUUUAACAAGGAAAACAUGCCAUCUCAUUUCAAAGUGAAGGAAUACUGUCCACUGGUGUUCAGGAACCUUCGGGAAAGGUUCGGUAUUGAUGACCUUGACUACAAAGAGUCACUCACGAGGUUUAGAAAGCCCGAUUCGUACCUUCGUCCGCGGCAGAGGAAAGUCAUGAACAAGCUACGAAGAUCGGCCACAGCUCCCACAGCUGUCGGAGACUGUACGGAACCGAAUCUCUUCCACGAUGCCACGGCUUUUAUGAAACGGGGCCUGACGAUUAAACGACUGAGGUCACAGCCCAUCCCGGAUGACUCGUCCGGAAAAUCCGGAGCUAAGUUCUAUCAGAGCUACGACCGGCUGUUUAUCCUCAAAACCCUGACAUCCGAGGAGGUGGAGAGGAUGCACUCCUUUCUUAAACACUAUCAUCCGUACAUAGUGGAGCGGCAUGGCAAAACACUCCUGCCACAAUACCUUGGCAUGUACCGGCUCACAGUUGAUGGCAUCGAACACUACCUCGUCGCCACGAGGAACGUGUUCUCCAACCAUCUCAACAUACACAGAAAAUACGAUCUCAAAGGCUCAACAGUCGACCGCGAGGCGUCCGAGAAAGAAUUGGAAAAAGAACUGCCCACUCUCAAAGACAACGAUUUCAUAAAACAGGGCGUUCGUAUUGACAUAGGUGAUGCGGCGAAGGACAAACUUCUUGAAACGCUUACGGCAGAUGUCGAGUUUCUAACAAAGCUCCACCUGAUGGACUACUCGCUACUUCUCGGCAUGCACGAAUGCGGGCGCGGCGAGGCCGAGGCCGAGGCCGCGCAGCAGGCCGAGCAGGACUCCGAGCCCGAGUCCGAGACCGACUCCGACACCGACAACAGGCACGGGGACAGAUGGGGCUUCACGACGCCGCCCGACAGCCCGCGCGGCGCCGCGCCGGGCGCGCGCGCGCUGUACGCCGGCAUCAUCCCCGAGAUCGACAUCUACGCCAUCCCCAGCCAGGAAGGUGCACCUAAAAAGGAAAUAUACUUCGUUGCGCUAAUUGAUGUUUUGACGCAUUACGGAGUUAAGAAACAGGCGGCGAAAGCAGCGAAAACGGUGAAGUACGGCAGCAACGUGGACGGCAUCUCCACGUGCGACCCCGAGCAGUACGGCAAGCGCUUCAUCGAGUUCGUCGCCAAGGCCAUCGAGGGCAACUGAGCGACGGCCGGCAAUACUUUCAUAACCUCUUUGUUUGAAGGAAUCCACUUUGGCGUCCAGUUUUUUUUGUAAGUACACUGAUAAAAUCCAAAAUUGUGCCGCUCAAUUUACAUUACGAUGUGAAAGGACCGUGAGCAAAUGAAAUGAACAACAAGAAAUGAGAGGUCACUGGAUAGGUAUUUCUACGUACUUAAUUUUGUUCUACGGGCACCAAGCGGAAUUCCAUUGCAGAACUGAGAUAUUUUUAUUUUAGUCAAAAUGUUAUCACCGUUAUUAAUUAGAUUAGGUAAAUUAAUUGCUGCGGGGCGCAAACCAUUCGCCGAGCUGACCUAGUGGUGGACUCUAUGGCCUAGAUAAUAAGGUUGAUGAUAUUCUGAUUAAAAUACAAAGUAUCUCAGUUCUGCAAUGGAAUUCCGCUACGUGACUAUAAAACGAAAUGAAGAACAUAGAAAUACCUAUCUAAUGACCUAAUUCUCAACUCUAUUGGUUUUUGGGCCAUUUUGACGCAUAGUCCUUUCAACCUUCAUUGAAACAAAUAAAUAAACGUUUCUUUUGUCUCAAAAAAAAAAUUCGAAUAAAAAUAUUUAACCCAAUUAAAAAUGUAACUAGAUUCGAAUUUCCUUAGCUAUAAUUUUAUAUGGUCAAAUAAUAAUUGCGCGCAAAAGUCUUCGUUUAGUGAUAUUUUGAAACGAAAACUACAUAUUGGUUUUCAUCAGUGAUAAGAGGUUAAGAAAGUAGUAAAGACAAGAUGCUUCUUUUAGUACGUUCUCUGAUUAAAUACACGAUCAAGUCAGACAAAACUCGACUCUAUUUAUAAACUUAUAAGUUCGACAUCAGCUUUUCACGUUUUUCCCUCAAAUCCACCUUUAUCGAAGUUUACAUUGUAUUAGAGUAAAUUGAUUCUUAUGAAAUGUAAAUGCGCAAAUAUAUUAAUAUACGUAAGCCUAGCAAAGCUUUUAGUUUUUUUAUGGAAUGAACAGGGUCGCUAUUUUCGUACUGUUGCAAUAUUUCUUGCCUGAAAUCUAGACUUUAAUAAAACCUAGUUGCACAGUUAUAGUAAAGUAUUUUUAGAUAAUGAUACUAAAAGAAGCAUAUAUUCGAAUUAAACACUAAGUUAAAUACAAUUAAAAUGCAAAAUAUAUAAAAUAAUUGCGUUUAAAUGACGCCUCAAUUAUCGGAUGUUUUCUAAAAUGACUCCAAACAGUUUGUCUUCUUGAAUUAUUAAACCGCCAUAUAAAAAUCACGGGGACAAUUUUUGAAUUUCGAACAUUCGAUUUCGUCACUCGGAAAUCUGUGGAAAACGGCGAAAUGCUAUUUUUGAAAUACGAAACUAGAUAUUGGCAUUGACCACUCGUUUUCGAUUUUACUAGUUACUAGUAAUUAAAAUUCUUAAAUUCUAUUAAAUGCCUAGUAUUCAAAGGAAAACAGGAAAUCAAGCGAUCAAAACUUAAAAAUCGUUUGUCAUCAUAGUUUAAUUCGAAAGGACAAAUUGUUGAAGAAUUAUGCACCAUGUCAAUAAGUCUUGCUCUUUUCAUUCAAUAUUUAUGACGAAGUUGUUAGUAAUACUGUUUAUAAUGUAUAACAUUGCAAACUAUUAAAAGUACAUAUUAAACAAGCUAAAAUCCGCUUGGCAGCGAUUUUAGCGUCGAUUCUUAUCAAUUUUAGAACAUGUUGUAAAAUUGGUGAUGUUAAAACACUUUUGAAAUUUCGUAAGGCUCAAUUUUGACGACAGCAGCCCCUUGAAUCUUAACGGAUGUGUGUCGUUAGUCCGAAUUGCAUUGAAAAUAUCAACAAGACUAACACUAAUAAAAGAAAAUGAGAAAAUAUCUAUACCAACUUUCAAUUGGUGGUCAAAAAUCGUGGGUUUUUAGAGUAAGCUUCUGUUGUAAGCUGUUUGUAAGCCUCUUUGGUUCUGGUUUUUGUAAAAAAGUCGUUUCCGAUUUUUUUUUAAAGAUAAUGAUUUAUUACACAGCGUUCCAAAGUAAAAGCGCUUGCCUUGUCACAAAUUGUACAAGUUGCCUUUAGUCGUACCUGGGCAAGCGAGAAAUGUGCUAACGAGCUCUCUAUAGUAGUGGCCGUAAAAAGUAGAAUUUGCACAUUAAUUUUUCCGGUUAGAAAAUCCACAAUUCGAGGAAAUUUUUGUCCCAUACAAUUUGUAUGAAAAUGAAAACUUAUUUUUCAUAUGCUAAUUUUUAUGCCAAUGGAUUCCAUUCCUAUCCAGUAUCAAUAGUUUCCUAGGGGUCAACUUAAGGCAAUGUACUAAAAAGCCACAAAUUAACGAAAACUUUUUCCAUACAUUUACUAUGGAGAAAACGUGAAAUUUAAUUCACAUUUUUCUAUCUCGCUAAUCAGUCCUGUUACAUUUAAGGACCAUAAUACUGUAUGAAGACAAACACAGAACAGAAAAAUGAGAAUAAAAUUCAUCUACUCUUCACACUGACUCCAAUUUGCAUAGUAGGGUCUGCCAUCUAGUGGUUUAAAUCUAAAAAUGGAAACUUAACAUUAAUAAGCCUAAUUGCGCGCCAAUGAAUGUGUGCUGCCAUCUACAUUCAUGCACGCUCCUUAUAUUGACUUUCAACAUUCGUUGUCAAAGAGCCUCCUUGCCAGUAAAAUAAAUGAGUACAGUCGCCAUCAGAUAUAUCGGAGCGGCCAAGGCUCACAAAGAUCUCAACACGCUUCUAUUGUCAAGGCGUUAGAGUGGGUUAUGGCGACUGUACCAUUGAAAAACCGCAACAUGGCGAAGGCAUAUAAUCUUGUCAUGUUUUACAAAUAUUUCCUUGCGCACUUUACAAAUAUUUUGAACAUUUCUGCAUAUUCAUUUUCUCUUUUUGCAUACACACACAAACACACACAUACACACACACACACAUACACAUGUUUAGAUUUAUUAGUUAAAUUUCUCAGUAUUAAUGAUACUAGUUUUUCAAUUUUUAUCUAAAAUUUAUAUAAAUAAAACAUCUCCUGCAACUAAAUUUUUGGGGAGGAGCGCUGUUUAUCCUAAAGUACAGGUUAUACCUAUUUAGGAAGCAGAGUUUCUAAUUUAAGGAAAUCUAUGUAA